CCCAGACGGACCCUCUCCAGCAGGCCUGAGAGCACCAGGCUGGGUUCUGGGUUCUCUGCACCAUGAACCAGAAGACCACGCUGGUGCUCCUAGCGCUGGCCGUCAUCACCAUCUUUGCCUUGGUGUGCGUCUUGCUAGCUGGCCGGGGAGGAGAUGGGGGUGAACCCAGCCAGCCCCUCCGCUGCCCUGCCACAUCUCCCAGUGCCCAGCCCUGGACACACCCUGGCCCGAGCCAGCUGUUUGCAGACCUGAGCCCAGAGGAGCUGGCAGCUGUGGUGAGCUUCCUGACCCGGCAGCUGGGCCCAGGCCUGGUGGAUGCGGCCCAGGCCCGGCCCUCGGACAAUUGCAUCUUCUCCGUGGAGCUGCAGCUGCCCUCCAAGGCGGCCGCGCUGGCCCACCUGGACCGGGGGAGCCCCCCACCUGCCCGGGAGGCGCUGGCCAUUGUCUUCUUUGGGGCCCAGCCUCAGCCUAACGUGAGUGAGCUGGUGGUGGGGCCGCUGCCCCGGCCCUCGUACGUGCGGGAUGUGACUGUGGAGCGUCAUGGGGGCCCCCUGCCCUAUCACCGCCGCCCUGUGCUCAUGCGCGAGUACCACGACAUAGACCAAAUGAUCUUCCACCGAGAGCUGCCCCACGUGGGUGGGCUCCUACACCACUGUUGCUUCUAUGGGCGCCCAGGACACAGCCUGGUGACGCUGAUCACGGCCCCCCCGGGUCUGCAGUCCGGGGACCGGGUCACCUGGUUCGGCCUCUACUACAACACCUCGGGGUCGGGGAUUUUCUUGCACCCUGUGGGCUUGGAGCUGCUGGUGGACCACAAGGCCCUGGACCCUUCCCGCUGGACGGUUCGGAAGGUAUUUUUCCAAGGCCGCUACUAUGAGAACUUGGCACAGCUGGAGGACCAAUUCGAGGCUGGCCGGGUCAAUGUGGUGCUGAUCCCCCACAAUGGGACAGGGGGGGCCUGGUCCCUGAAGUCCCAAGGGCCCCCAGGUCCGGCUCCCCCUCUGCAGUACCUCCCCCAAGGCCCCCGCUUCAGUGUCCAGGGGAGCCAAGUGGCCUCCUCCCUGUGGACCUUCUCCUUCAGCCUGGGCGCUUUCAGUGGCCCAAGGCUCUUUGACAUCCGCUUCCGGGGAGAACGUCUGGCCUAUGAGAUCAGCCUUCAGGAGGCCUUGACCGUCUAUGGCGGAAAUACCCCCGCAGCUCUGCUUACCCGCUAUAUCGAUGGUAGCUUUGGCAUAGGAAAGUACAUCAGCCCCCUGACGAGGGGCGUGGACUGCCCCUACCUGGCCUCCUAUGUGGACUGGCACUUCCUGUUGGAGUCCCAAGCUCCCAGGACCAUCCGCGAUGCCUUGUGUGUGUUUGAACAGAACCGGGGCCUCCCGCUGAGGCGGCACCACUCAGAUUUCUACUCCCCCUACUUUGGGGGCCUGGUGGACACCGUGCUGGUCAUCCGCUGCGUGUCCACCUUGCUCAACUAUGACUAUGUGUGGGAUAUGGUCUUCCAUCCCAACGGGGCCAUCGAAGUCAAAUUCCACGCCACGGGCUACAUCAGCUCGGCAUUUCUCUACGGUGCCGCCCGGAGGUACGGGAACCAAGUUGGGGAGCACCUGCUGGGCACGGUGCACACGCACAGCGCCCACUUCAAGGUGGACCUGGAUGUAGGAGGACUGGACAACUGGGUCUGGGCUGAGGACAUGGCCUUUGUCCCCACCUCGGUGCCCUGGAGCCCCGAGCACGAGGCUCAGAGGUUGCAGAUAACCAGGAGGCAGCUGGAGACGGAGGCGCAGGCAGCCUUCCCCCUGGGAGCUGCGACCCCUCGAUACCUAUACCUCGCCAGCAACCACAGCAACAAGUGGGGUCACCCACGAGGCUACCGCAUCCAGGUGUUCAGCUUUGCUGGGGAGCCCCUGCCCCAGAACAGCUCUAUGGAGAGAGCCAUCAGCUGGGCAAGGUACCAGCUGGCUGUGACCCAGAGGAAGGAGGAGGAGGCCAGCAGCACCAGCAUCUACAACCAGAAUGACCCCUGGAGCCCCACCGUGGACUUCUCCAGCUUCAUCGACAAUGAGACCAUUGCUGGCGAGGACCUGGUGGCCUGGGUGACGGCUGGUUUCCUGCACAUCCCACACUCUGAGGACAUUCCCAACACGGUGACCGCAGGGAACGGCGUGGGCUUCUGGCUUCGGCCCUACAACUUCUUUGACCAGGAUCCCUCCUUUGAUUCUGCUGACUCUGUCUACUUCCGGGGAGACCAGGAUGUGGGAGCCUGUGGGGAGAACCCUCUGGCUUGUCUCCCCCAGACUGCGAGCUGUGCCCCUGACCUCCCUGCCUUCUCCCACGGAGGUUUCUCUCACCACUAGAUGGCCCCUGGCUGGGGAUGUGGCCUGGGGCCCCGGAGCCGCGUGCCUGCGGAAGUGGGGGUGACAGUACCAGGAGCCAGGUUCUCUCUUCUCCUGAGUUCCUUCCUUCCCCUCUGCAUCCCUCCCAGCCGCUUCCCUCCCCGCUGGGAACACCCCAAGCUUCAGCUCUGCCCGGGUCUCGGGCCCAGAGAGGGGCAGCCAGCCAGGGCCCAGAUGACAGCCAAGCUUCUCCCACACAGAACUCCCUUUGUUUUAUUUUCUGUUUUUCUCUCUGUUGGUUAGAUUUUUCUCAGUUUUUCCCAGGCCAUCUCCAGGUCUCUUCUGGCCUUCCCCAGACCUCCCCUGGGAGGUACACUUGGGCUUCUGGACUUGUCCCCUGAUAUCCCAGGAUAGGGUUCCUGGUGGACCCACACAUCCACAGAGAGCUGGAAGGGGGAGGCUGCAAGCCCUCCUCCUCCUUUCAUCUCCGCCUGCCUGUCCCUUACCCCCACUUCUUUUGUUCUUUUUUUUUCUUAUUGGAUCAUGCCUGGCGAUGCUCAGGGGUUACUCCUGGCUCAUGCACUCAGGAAUUACUCCUGGCAGUGCUUGGGGGACCCUAUGGGAUGCUGGGAAUCGAAGGCAAAUGCCCUACCCGCUGUGCUAUCACUCUAGCCCUUACCCCCACUUCUUACCCUAUAGCCGGGUGACACCCCUAACCCCAGUCUUCGUUUCUCAAUCCUGGUCACCUAUCUUGGUCCUGAAACCUGUGGAAAUUUCAGAAACACAAAGGACUUCUGGUCUGAGCGGACCGUUCUCCAUCUCCAUGUGCCUCUCACACAACGGGGAGAGGGGUGCUGUCCCCCAAUCCUGUCCUGGGACGGGUGUGUUUCCCCACACUUCUCAGCCCGUUUGUAAUUGCCUGCCUUGAAUUCUCUGAUGAAGCAAGGCCAUAGAGAUAGCAUGGGGCAAAUUUGCAUUUUAGGUGGUUUUGUGGGUGCAUUGUAAGCAGGCACAUGGGAGGCUGAGUGGGCCUCUAGGGGGCUGUCCAAUCACCUACAGCCUCUGCCAUUCUGUUUCCUGGGAGGCUGUCAUCACCCGCAGCCUCUGCCAUUCUGUUUCCCACCACUAUCACCCACAAAACUCUGAUGGCUUGCAACCACAGUGGAAGAAAUUGUUUUCCCUAGAUGAUUGGUUAAAGACAUUUUGAUACAACUUCGCAAUGUAAUAACUACAGCUAUAAAAUAAUUAUUUCUUUAUAUCAUAAUUGGGAGCAAGCUUCCAGAGAAGAAGGAGAGACUUAAAGCUUGUAGAGUGCAUUUUCUGUUAUUUAGAAAGGGGAUAAAUACAGAUAUAUGUUUGCUUAUAGGUGUAUAUUCAGAAGGAAGGGUAAGACUUGUAUCGAGAGGAACCAGGAGAUUAGGGAGAGGGGGAACUUGAAACUAUCUACUUACAUUUAUUUUAAGUAGAUCAGAGCUAUAGUACAAUGGGUAGUGCACCCACCUUAAAAACCACAGACACAGGCUCAAUCCUGGGUACCCCUAUGGUCCCCCAGAUCCUGCCAGGAGUGUUCCCUAAAUGCAAAGCCAGGAGUAAGGCCUGAGCAUCUUAGGGUGUAACCCCAAAACUAUAACAAAAAAUUUUGGGGGGUGGGGUGGGUCUUUCCAUGGUGCUCGAGAGGUAUGGGGGAUGGUACUCAGGGCUCCUGCAUGCAAAGCGCAUGCUCCAACCCCUUGAGCCAUCUCCCUGCCCCCCAGAACUGUAUAGAUUUUCUUUUUUGUGCAUCCUGAAUUUUGACACCCCACCCCAUGCCUGAA